AUGAAGUUCUCUCCUGUUUUGAUCAUCGGCGCACUCGCCAUCACGGGGACAGUUGCAGCCCCCAUAGACACCGACACAUUGGGUACUGCUACUAUCACAGAUACCAACACCGACAUUAACUAUGGCGACUACAACGCCGCCGGAGCGACUGCCGGAGCAAUGACUGGAUCGACUGCCGGAGCAAUGACUGGAUCGACUGCCGGAGCAAUGACUGGAUCGACUGCCGGAGCAAUCACUGGAUCGACUGCCGGAGCAAUCACUGGAUCGACUACCGGAACGACCACUGGAACGACCACCGGGGCCGACGCCGGGGCCAAUGCUGGAGCCGGAAUCAGAGGCGGCAGGUGGCAGGGUAGCAGGUGGCAGGGCGGCAGAAGCGGACGCUAUGGCACGUACACCAAAACCCCAUCGAGCCCUGCCAAUUAUGGCACCUACCGCCGCCGUUGGGUCAACCGGGCCAAGAGCCUCUUUAUUUGA